AUGAACUUAAAUCGAAUCGAAGAGGCGGAAAAAUCUUUGCAACAAAUUGAGGAAAAAGUUAAGAUAGAUCUAGAAUCAGCAGUUCUCUCCAAUGAAAAAAUAAAAGCUGGCCGAAGAACGUCCCACAGGUUCAACGAGGAUGUUAUUUCUGUGCUGAUCGAGCUCAAAACCAAGCUAGCUACGACUAAAUCUAAGCUCACUGAGCUCGGGGCAAAGGCCUCAAAUAUCUUUCAGGUUGAUUAUGCACCCUUAAAGAGGAAAUCUCGUUCGAAAAAACAGAAUAAGCACCGCGCUGCAAAACGUAAGGCUGUUCGUACCUCUCAGAGGACGUCAACGGUUUUGCAAAAGAUCGCCCCUGGCUUAGAUAAGGAUUCUCUUUGCGAAAAGGGUGACAUACAAAAAGAGAUCGUCUUGAAUUUAAAACAAAGAGAAAAGAAAUGGGCCGAAUUAUUGGUAUCCCAAAAUGACACAUCUCAGCUAAGCAGUGACGCGAAGGACUACCUCGCAGGCUUACUAGGCAAGGAAAGAGGCGAAGCAACUAAUUCCUUACACGUCGACGAUAAGAACGAGGAUGAUGAAGAUGAUGAUGGUGUUGCCUGGAGUGAGGAACAAGACGAAAGUGAUGAUGAUGUCUGCAGCGUUUCUGUACUGCCCAAACCAGGAGAGGCAUCUUCAUCAGAUAUUGAAGAUUAUGGUCCAUAUUGGAAUAAUUCCUCAGAGUCCAUGCCAUGCCUCGAUCAUCUUUCAGACUAAAUCUCGAAUAUUUGCGUUUUUCCUGGUUCCUUUUGCUUGGUUUUCUUUUCUUUUCUUCAGGCUUUAGCCUGACUGUAUCCAUUGUUUUUAAACCGCCUUUGAUAUCAAAA